AAAAAGCAAUAAGAUAUUAUCCGCAGAAAAUUUCUCGAAGCUACGUAUUGCUUUCGAGGAAUAUUUGGUUGUUUUGGGGUUUCGUAACCGACCGAUCCUUGGGUGAUGCAGAACAGCGAAACUUCAGAAAACGAGAAGCGUCAAUACUGGAGUGCAUUCAAAUUAUGAGUGAAAUCUAGCAGCGUUAGGUUGAAGAUAUCUACAGCUCCGCUCGUCGAUCAUUUCAAUUUUUCUGGUACUUGGCAGUGAUAUAUUGCUGUUCCGUUUUCAGGAAGAAGUACGAGAAAGUUUAUUUUUGAUGCGUUAAAUUCACCAACGAACGUGGCCGUAACUUGAAUGGGUUUUGAAACACAGUCAUGGUUGUAACGAGAUCAACUCGCAGGAUCUUCGGAAAAGUAAUAUUUUGGACUCUUUUCGUUUCAACGGGAGUAUUAAUUAUCUUUAACAUGGUAUUUUUUCUUCAAACUGCCUCUGAACUCGCUCUCUUAACGAGCUCUGAGCAAGAUAAAACGACAUUGACUUCGGCGUCUAACAAGGGACGAACACAAGGUGAUGAGCUUGAUUUAAAAGAAGGCAAUUUCUUGGAAUUAGCAGUGUUGUCCAGUAAGGAAAAUGUCACGUUGACGAUAAACGGACAGAGCAGGUGGGACACAUCCGAAAUGUUAAUAAGAGGAUUGAACGUAGUAGUCUUAAAUGAAGUAACAGGUGUUGUGAUGUCAUCACGAUGGUUUGAUACUUAUGAAUCUGACGCGGACAGCGGUUUUCUCAUCGAAUAUCUGAAAGGCCUUAGAGAUGGUAGAAUCGUCUGCUUUGCUAUAAAGGACGAAGCCAUUGCCCGAUUGUCCGAAGACGCUAUCAGUUUCUUGUCAAGUUAUGGCAGUUCCUUCAUAAAAAAGUUGAGGUUUCGCUCCACGUGGGCCUUUGUUGUGUCUGUGACGAAAAAUCAGCGCAUCGUGCACGCAGAGAGCUAUCAGAACCCUACUGAUUCUAACAAGUGGGCAAGUCCGAUAAAAAUACGAACCCUGAUAAAACUGAAAUCUGAACAUGUCGUCCAGUGUCAAUGGGAAGACACCAUAGCAAAUAGACGGAGGAUGGAAUUCUGUGGAAAGUUUGAAGGCUACGGAAACGUUUGCAGAUGUGAAAAUCCUGUUCCUCUGGAAAUCGACCCACCCGCGUUCCCAGAUGGGAGCCGCUUCAAGCUCCCUAUAGCGAUCAUGGCCAGCAAUAGGCCAAGCUACCUAUUGCGCAUGCUUUUAGGCAUGCAAAAGGUCCAUGGACUGGACACAAGUAUGAUGACAGUGUUCAUAGAUGGUUUUUGGCCGGAACCUGCUUCCAUUACCAGGCUCCUUGGUGUCAACCUUGAGCAACACGCUGGAGUCAGCCGGCGGAACGCCAGAAUUUGUCAGCAUUACAAGAAAUCCAUCGUUGACUCCUUCGACAAGCAUCCUGAUGCUAGCUUCUUAUUGAUACUGGAGGAAGAUCUCGACGUGUCUGUGGACAUUCUGAGCUACUUUAAACAGCUUCUCCCCGUCUAUGAGAACGAUGAAAGUGUUUAUUGUAUAUCAGCUUGGAACGAUCAGGGAUAUGAUCAUCUCUGUAAUGACCCCGCCAUGACGUACAGAGUGGACACUAUGCCGGGCCUGGGAUGGGUGUUGAGUCGUAAGCUUUUUAAAAACGAACUGGAGGAGAAAUGGCCAAGACCUGAGGACUUUGUGGACUGGGACAUAUGGAUGCGGGGUAACCACAACAGGAAAGGUCGAGAAUGUAUCAUCCCUGACAUUUCACGAACAUAUCAUUUCGGCGGCAAGGGGCUGAACGUGGGUGGUCAUAUGCAGGCUCGGUAUUUUGCAAAACACUCCCUGAAUACAAAACCAAAUGUAAAGCUGGAUGUUGAUAAAAUGUACAAAGAAAACUACGAGAAGGAGAUCAACCAACUUCUGAGCAAAGCUAAGGUUUUGGACCACACGGAGACGCCGUGCACAAGAUUCAGAAACUUUGUUCCUGACACUAAAGGCGAAUUGUACGUGUUUUACAUAAGAAUGGAGGAAACUUUCGAUCACAAGACCUGGAAAAACAUCGCUACUUGUCUGAAAAUGUGGGAUUUAGACGCGAGAGGAUAUCAUCAUGGCUUAUGGAGGUUUUGGGUCAAGAAAAACCACGUGAUAGUCGUGGGAUGCCCAGCAUCAAUUUACUGCUCGCACAAACCGAAGGAUUUAAAGCCUAUUUAUAUUCCUGAGAGAGUGGAGCCACCAGAAGAUGAAUAUGAUUCAUAGAGCGCUUUUCGAUUGAGUGUCGUGAAAACAGAGCCAAGUUAAUCACAACAGUUAAUCAAAAGGAAGAAAAGUACCUUUAAGAGCCAAUCAGAAGAAAGAUAAGUUCCUUUAGGAGCCAAUCAGAAGAAAGAUAAGAACCUUUAAGAGCCAAUGAGAAUGAGAAGUAAAACCUACCAAAUUUCCUUUGACGCAAGAAAACACAGUCGAUCGAGUUUUGCAUCUGAUUGGUUGAGAGAGUGGCAUGAGUUUUCUUGACCAAUCACGAGGCGAAAAGAAACAAGUCCCUGAUAACUUUCGACACUCGAUCAAAAAUUGCUCUUACUAAUAAGGAAAAAAAAUAUAAUGUAUCACUAAUUUUUAUCAAAUUAAAUCGAGAGAUUUUUACGUGCUAUAACUUCAUAUCUCUUUUUUAAAAUGUUCUUUGAAGGGAAAUUGUAUGGAAAAGCGAUUAGCCAAUCACAGGCUGCGAACUCAUUCGUUCCCAGACUUUUCUCUUCGCCCGUCUGUCUGAUCCUACUUGCAUACGAAAGGACAUGUUUUUUUGGAUCGUUAAAGCUAUCAAAAAAUUCAAAAGUUCAUACCCAAGAACGGAUUUAUUUUUAAGGCGUAGCCUGUAUCUAGGAGACAUCUUCAUAAAGAAUCUAUCCGAUGAGAAACUUGAACUUUCAGAAGCAGUUACCCGUUUUUUUGUCAAUUUCAUUCCCAAGGUCCUCUCUUUUCAUCUCUCGAAAAAGAUGUUUCUUGGAGAAGGAGAGAGGACCCUGGAAGUGAGGUUGCUUUUUGUCUCCGGGAUUUAAAGAAUAUCAAAAGCCCUCAGCGUGACAGUUACGCCGGGAAGACUGAAACAAUAGCGUGAUGGCUUCUGCGUCUAGGAUAUUUGCAAGUUAUAAACCAGAUAAAACAAAGAUAUAUUGACAACAAAAUGACGUCAUUUAAGAAUUAGCAUCAAAAGCCUUUUUGCGGAUGCUCGUGACUUCCCGUCAG